UCAAACACCCGUGUGAAGAGACGCUGUGCCACUGGCCAGGCCACACAAUUCAAUUCCGCGCCAACUGGAAUAUUGUUGCUAAACACUUGCGCAGUCACUAUACAAGUACAUGCAGCAAAGUCUUCUAAAAUCUUUUUUCCGUCUUUUCGAUUGUGAACUGCGCUGAGGAUAAGCAGCUUCAUGUUAUAGCGGCAUAACGCAACACGUGUUGGACGCUUCAACGUCAGGCGUAAUUCCAGUGUACUGACUUCAAUUUAGGAUUCGGAGUUAUUGUGACUUCACUCGGAUUUUAAAAUUAAUAGAAUAUCUGGUUGCUGCGAGAAAAUCUCGUCGACAUCGUCUUCAUUUCAAAGAGGAGACAGGGAAAUGCUGAAGCGCGCGGCCAGCCCCGCGUUGGCAGCCGGCGGAAGUGGCGUUGAGCCGGGGCAGUGGAUGGUGCGCAGUGAGUCAGACGAGCAGUGGGCCAGCACGUGCACGCUCAAUGCCGCGGCGCGCACCGUCGGCGUGUCGGAGUGGGCCGUUGCGCAGGCGUUGCUGUCGAUGAGUCAGCUGCAGUCCACCACGCAGACGCAGCGGCUUCCGCUGCCACGAAACGACCAGCACAAGCAAGCACUGGAUGACUGCAGCAAGGCAACGGAAGCCGCGUCGGUGUCCGAGAAGGUCGGCAGCUGCCAGCCGCCCGCGGACGCCGACUACGAGCCAGCGGCCACGCGGGAGCCCGGUAACGGGGCUUGCCGCUCUGCGGAUGUAAACAGCGGUCUGCCCUCUGGACUCGGUGAACUGUCUGGAGUUUGUGCUUUGGCCGACCUGCGUGUGCCUCCGCGCAAGCGCCUGGCUCUCCGGACUCGCCCGGGGCCAAGCACUUCGCGCGCCGUUGCUGUCAACCUCAAGGUUCCGUCAACAGUAAACGAAGCUGCUGGUACUGUGGAUAACCUCGUAUCCAGCGGCCACGCUUCGCGAUCGGCUUCCCCUGCAGUCUCCGACAAAGAAAAUCCCAGCUCCACCUGCAGCGACACAAGCAGCACCUGCGAUCCGCGGGCUGCUCCUGCCGCCUGCCCCUCACCACUUCCGGCGCCGGCCUCCCCGGCUACGAGUGCCUCAUCCACGCCCCCGCCCAGCGCCAGCUACGUGCCCUUUUUGCCGGUGACCCUGCUGUCGCCCAACAACCUGCUGCACCUGGUCGUGGCCACCAACAGCGACGCCGGCGGCGCCACCGUCGCCUGCCGGACGCCCAUCCGCAUCCAGCUGCAGACGCCGCACUCCCUGCAGCCGCUCCUCGUGCCGCUGCGGCCGCUGUGCCGGGCGUCGCCGUCGCAGUCCCGGCCGCCGGAAAUGCCCAGCCUGUCCAUCCGGCAGCGCAACUUCAAGUGCGACUCCUGCGAGAAGACCUACUACAAGAGCUCGCAUUUGAAGGCCCACGUGCGGACGCACACCGGCGAGAAGCCCUAUGUCUGUGAUUACGAGGCGUGUGACAAGCGUUUCGCACGCUCCGACGAGCUGUCGCGCCACCGGCGCACCCACACGAACGAGCGCAACUUUGCGUGUGACCACUGCGGGAAGCGGUUCAUGCGCAGCGACCACUUGCGGAAGCACAUGAAGCGGCAUGCCAAACUGGCGCCGGCCGCCAGCAGCGCCACGCGGCACAUCCUCAGCAAACCCUUCGCCGCUGCCAGCAGUCCGCCGCUGGCCAUCUCGCUCGGCGUGCCGGUGACCGGCUUCCCGCCCGUUCCCUCCCGCUGACUGUCCCAACUGCCCGCAAUUUGUACGGCGGAGAAAGGGGCGCAAUAGCGACAGUUUAAGGCCGGCAGUCACUGUUUUGUUGUGAAUAAUGAUGCUUUAUAAAAUCUGUACAUCCUCUACUUCCGGUGUGGUGCGGUACUUGCCUUUCUUCUUGUAAUUCUCGGCCGCGCUCACCGGCACUGUUUCCACUACUUGUUGUCAUUUGUACAUUUUGUAUUUCAUUCAUAUAGUGUUGCAAGGAGUCAGUAAUAAAGCCUGUACAGACG